AUGAUUACGGAUCGGCCUGUAAUAGACAACAAAGGCAACGUUAGCAUGAUCGUGGGUGUGGCGAGUGACAGCCGCCCGUUCAAGGAGCAGAUUCAAGCGUUUAUCGGCGGCUGCAGCAGCAGCAUGCACGUCAGCACGUCCCUUGGGCCUGUCUCCACUGUGUCUCCUGCCGCCGCCACUUUUCAUUCUGCUGCUUCUUCUCUGCCUGGUUCUGCUGCUGCUGUUGUUGCUGCUGCUCACCUUGGUGCUACUGCCUCCUUAGGGUCGGAGAAAUUGUUUGGGUACACAGAGGAGGAGGCUAUGGGGCGGAACAUAGUGGAGCUUCUGUGCUGCAAGAAGACGAGCCACGCCGCCUUUCAAAUCAUUGCGCGCCUGCAGGAGGGACAGUGCUGGACUGGCAACUUCCCUCUCACCAAGAAAUCAGGCGAGGUGUUUGACGCAAUGAUAACAGAUCGGCCCAUAAUUGACAGCAAGGGAAAUGUGAGCAUGAUCGUGGGAGUGGCGAGUGACAGCCGGCCGUUCAAGGAGCAGAUUCAAGCGUUCAUCGGCAGCUGCAGCAGCAGCAUGCACGUCAGCACGUCCCUUGGCCCUGUGUCGACUGCUUCUCCUGGUGCCGCCGCUGCUGCCGCUGCUUUUCAUUCUGUUGCUUCUGCUCCCCCUGGCGCUGCUGCUGCUUCUCCCCUUGGUGCUGCUGCUUCCACUCCUGAUGGCUUCCCAUCGCCAGCCACGCCACUUGAGAGCAUCCCAUCGCCAACUGCAGCAGAGGACAAGGCAGGGGAUAAGGCAGAGCAUUGGCAGUUAGCACAAGGCUUGAAGCCACUGCAGCUGAAUGUGACCACUGCACCCCUGCGACCGAUCCGGGUUCCUGAAAACGCGACCAUUUUUGCAACCGGAAAUGAAACUGGAGGUGUUCCUUCCCGUGUGGCUCGUGUGGCCUCCCGGCUUUCUGCUGCUCCUCUGCGUUCUCCCUCUCACACGAGCACCACACCUCUGCGUCUCCCUGCGUUGGCCUACACAGAUGAGGCUGAUAUGACUGUGCCGCAUGCAGGCCUUGUUGGUCGCGGCUCGGGAGCUCUGGGCUUCCAGGGAGAAGGAGAUGAUGGGGGAGAAACGGCAGCAAUGGCGUUUGAUUUCCCGAAGGGAGAAACAGCAGUGCCAUUUGAUUUCAGUGCAGAAGGGGGGCCGGGAGGAGGAGAAGCAGCAUUACCAUUUGAGUUUGAUGCAGAGGGCGAGGCUGCUCACGCGGAGGAGCAGCACCCGUGGCACAUACCUUUUGCUUCAACUGUCCUGUCCCUGGCUGGCAGGGUGGCACAGUCAAUCGGGCAGGUGCGCAAGCGCCUCUCUCCCACCAGCUCCACUGUAUCCUCUCAAACCCACCUCCACCUCGCAGAACCCAUGUCACCGCAGCACCAUCUCCCACUGCCACCACCAGUAGCAGCAGCAGCUGCUGCAGCUGAGGCUUCCAUAUCAGAAACUCGUUUGGGUGGGGGCCUGCAGAGGAGGGUGGUGCAGUGGGGGAGGAGUCCCAAGGCGAGCAGGCUGAGUCCUGAAGGGGACAGGCUCAGCCGUCACAACAGCGGCUCUGGUAGCUCUUGCAGCAGUUCUACCACUGCUGGCGCCGCUGCUGCUGGGGCUGGUGGUUGGGGCGGUGGUGGGAGUGACAGUGCAAACCGAUUCGCUCCCUUGCAGCCUGAAACGUCCCCUGCUGCUGCUGCUGCUGCUGAUGCUGCUCCUGCUGCUUCUCCUUGGCACGGUUUUGGUUUCAAUUCUGGUAUUGCUGGUGAUGCUGGUGCUGAAGGUCGUGCUGGUGUCGGUGCUAUCGUGCCUAGUGGUGCCCGUGCGUCUGCUGCUCUGGCAGCUGCAGCUGCAGCGACAGCGUGCCAUGCACACAUGGAGGAUCUGAUUCUGGCGGAAUCUCCCAAGUGCGCGGGCGGCAUGGGUGGCACGGACGGCAUGGGCGGCGCGAGCGGCAUGGGCGGCGCGGGCGGCAUGGCUGGUAUGGGAGACAUGGGAAUGGGGGAUGUGAGCAUGGGAGGGCAGGAGCAGAGGGAUAGGCUCUUUGAUCCGCCUCUCAGGAGGCUUCUGGAGAGGCAGCAGGGCGAUGUGAGCAUGCGAGAAGGAGAGGAGGAGCAGAGAAACGCUCUGGCGCAGUGGCAGGGUCUGGCACAGGGUAUUGGCGAUGGGCAGGGCAGUGGGGGCGCUGGGAGGGAGUUGCGGGUGGAGAGGGAGCAGGGCAACAGGGAGAGGCAGGAGAGGGAGCGGUUUUGGGAGGACGGGGUGGCGCGGUGGGAGAUUCGGUGGGAGGACAUUCAGCUGGGGCAGGAGGUGGGGCACGGGGCGUGUGGUACGGUCUAUCACGGCACCUGGAACGGCUCAGACGUGGCAGUGAAGGUGUUUGCACGGCACGACAUCAGUGGUGAUUUCAUGCGCGACUUCAAGAAAGAGAUCCGCAUAAUGGAGAAGCUGCGUCAUCCCAAUAUUCUUCUCUUCAUGGGAGCUGUGGCAUCUCUCGACCAUCUCGCCAUCGUGACAGAAUUUCUUCCCCGCGGUAGCCUCUUCCGCCUGCUCCACCUCCGCACUGCUGGGCUCACCCGCCUGAGACUGCUGCGCAUGGCACUGGACGUGGCUCGGGGAGUGAAUUAUCUGCACAAGUGCUCGCCCCCUGUAGUGCAUCAUGAUCUCAAGUCCGCCAAUCUGCUCGUUGACAGGAACUGGACUGUUAAGGUGGGCGAUUUUGGGCUGAGCAAGAUGAAGUUUGCAACGUACCUCUCUGCUCGCUCAGGCCGCGGAACACCCCAGUGGAUGGCCCCAGAAGUGCUUCGCAAUGAGCCCUCCAACGAAAAGUCCGAUGUAUACAGCUUUGGAGUGGUCCUGUGGGAGAUGGCAACGCGACAGGUGCCAUGGGACGGGAUGAACCCCAUGCAGGUGGUGGGGGCUGUGGGCUUUCUGGAGCAGCAGCUGCCUCUGCCGACAUCCAUUGAUCCAGUCAUGAGACUUCUCAUCUCCGACUGCUGGCGCAGCCCUAACGAGCGGCCAUCUUUCGAUGAGAUCACAUCAAGACUGAAGUUGAUGGUAAGAGAGUGUAAGGGGCAAAAAUAG